GCAUAACGCAUAUACCAUUCACUUUCAUUAAUCUAUGUCCCGUUAUAUUAUAAAUACCCUGCGAGUAUUUGUUUCUUGUUCUCUAAAAUAGCUAUAUAUACCCUACUUACAUCUUGCCAUACUCAAAAUGAUGGCUUCUGACAAAAUAAACGAAAAUGGGGCUUCGAAAUUUCUUCAAGCUUCAAAUAUGUUCAUUCUGCUUGUUCUGAUUUUAGCAACGCUUGUUUCCUUUAAUUGCAGUGCAUCUCUGGAAGGUGGCAAGGGGGUGAGGCUGGAGGUGUUGAACAAGUUGAAAUCAUCCGGGAUCAUCGGACAGCACGCUGUGCAGGUUGAACUCGGGAGCAGAAAUUCAAAACUGAGCCUAGUCCUGGACACGGCCAUCGACCUCACGUGGAUUCAGUGCCAGCCGUGCAAGGGCUGCUCCGAGCAACUUCCCAUAUUCAACUAUUCAAGUUCGGAGACCUACUCCGACCUCCCAUGUAGCUCGGGAUAUUGCUCCGCCCUCGCUGCUGUCAAGGGCGAAGAAAGUGGCCCGGAGUGCCGCAAUUCCACAAGUCCUUGUGAGUACCAAUUGGGAUACUCCUACGCUCCGGGCCGUCUGGGGAAGGACCAGUUGAGCUUUGCCGCAGGCGGUGGCGGUGCGGAGGCGGCGGUGCUCCUGAAUGACUUCGUUUUCUGGUGCGGCAACGCGAGUGGUUAUCUUUCAGGAGGAGGGGUAGAGGCGGGCGCGAUGGGGCUGGGGAAAGGUGGCAACCUCUCCAUUCUUUACCAACAAGCCGCGGCAUCUAACGAAAGCCGCGGCUUGGAGAAAUGUUUCUCCUAUUGCCUUACCACAGUGAACGGGGCAGGCGGGCACUUAACCUUCGGAUGCCAACAAGAGGCGGCGGCGGUCAUGAACUACACCAACUUCUACAAGACGCCCGACGAACCUCACGCAAUGUGGUACACCACCAAGGUCUCAGCUAUAAGUGUGAACGGAAGAAAACUGAAUUAUACCAUCACAGAGCGAGAGAGAACAUCUAACACUACUAGGAAUGUUACCAGACCGCUGUUCGCCUUCGACACCACGGUCGAGACAGCAACCCCGAUCAGCUUGCUGCCCCCUACAAUCUACAAAGCUCUGAACGACUCCUUCACGCAUCUCAUGCAAGGCUACCCGAGAGCGCCUCCCGCUACUUCUGACCCCCUUCUUUUUGACAACUGCUACAACCUCAAAACCCUUUCCGCCGCCGAUGUACGACGUAUCACCCCCUCUAUAAGCUUCACGUUUGGUGAUAAUACGGUGGUUGAUUUGGAUCCCUCCGCCGUCAUGUAUCCAGUCAAUCCCGACAACUCCCAAGUGUGCUUAGCUUUCACUCCCAAUAGGAGAGACGAGGACAUACCAGUCAUUGGAGCCUUACAGCAGCAGACUUUGGGGGUCUUCUUCGAUAUUCCGAGAGGGAGGAUGGGAUUUAAACACCAUGAUUGCACUUGAUCGAUCCAGCUGUGCAGCUUCUCGUACGCCACUCAUCAUGCUGCCAGAUUUUAUAUAUAUGUGUGUGCUUUUUUUCUCCCAUACUCCGUACCCAACUCUUUCUUUAUAUCACAUUAAUCUUCGAAUGUGUGCCCCUUUUUCUCUAUUUUAUAUGCUUGCUUGCUUGUGAUAUUUUACGAUACAUUUCAGAGAUUGCCCUUACCUUUAUAAUAGGGCCCGGGUGAUUUUGUUUGAUUUGUAGUAGUGUGUAUGUUUGUACUUUUAAGUACUCCCUCCGUUCCUGAAAAUACUUCUCACUUUCCUUUUU